AUGCAAGAAGGCCAAAGUGUUUCACACAUGCAUACUUUUCAAGCUAAUUUUAACAAUAUUAAGAAGGCGAAUCUGAAUUCAAAUUUGCCUAAACUACAAAAAAUACUAAGUAAAGACACCUCAUUUCAUAACAACUCACCUCGAUCGCCAACCGAACCACCCGAAAUCUACUCAAUAAAAGACUUAGAAAUCAUAUCAGACAUUAUAACAUUUGCUUCACACACCUCGCCUAAUGCGUCACCCGAGAACACACCUUUUUCAUUUUUGAGUCUGUUUCGUGCGUACGAUAUAGUGCUGCGAACGCGCAAGAUUGACCCAUCAACAGAUAAAAUAUAUUACAAGUUUUUAUUGAAACUUUGUUGUGAGCCGGGCGAGAAUUGGGAAGAGAAAUUUGAAAAUGUUGUAAGGAAUCUUGGAUUAUUUGCUCAAGUUGUAAAAUCCUACGAUCAAAUUAUAGAGCCAAUUGGACCACCGAUCUCUAACAAUUUUAAGUCAUCUGAGAAUAUAAAUAAGAUUCCUGAAUUAUCAAUUAAGCAUCCAUUUUUAACCAGAGAAAGAUGUUUCCAGGAUUUACCCAUCAAUAAAAAAGAAAAAAACCUGAAAAGUGACACGAUCUCUCAACCACAAUCGCGUCACCCAGUAAAAAAUACUGCAUCCGUGGGACCUGCAAAGAAUGAAUUUUUGUCAAUUGAGAAACCAGCAGCAACCUAUAUACACCUAUCGCCGCCGCUUCCUCCCCCAUUAGGUCAUUCUAUCGAAGAUGGCGGUACUAUAUCCAAAAAAAAUAUUAAUAAAUUAUUAACAGAUGAAGAUAGAGCAUCUACAAUAGUGACUAAACAAAAACCGCUUAAUGUUGCUAUUGCGUCUCAAGAUACCAAGCAAAAAGAUGCUCCUUUAACUCCGUCUUUUGGGAAAAACCCAAAUUUUGAGGAGAGGGAUGUAUCUAUAACAGUCAACGAAGCUCAAAUAACAACCAUAUCAAUACAACAGCAGCCUAAGGAGACGAUUUCUGCUCAAAUUAUUCAAACAGAGGCUCCGGAAAGCAAACCUUUAGCUAAUUUGGAUAAAUUACCAUCUAUUCCUGAUCAACUAGAAAAUCUUCGGGAUUGCUUUCAAGCUUGGCGAAGAUAUACCUCUAUUCUUCGUAAAAGACGAACCCACAUAAUUAAACAAUGGCAAACAGCAUCCGAGCAUCAUAAAAAUAGAUUGAUGACAAAAUGUACGCGUCAAUGGCGAAUUGUAUAUACGAGUCAAAAAGAGAAAAUAAAAAUUGCUGAUAACCAUUAUAAUAGAAAAUUACUGAAAGAAGUUUUUGAUUUUUGGCAAGUUUUAUUAAAUGCACGCAAAUCUGUUGUGCACUAUCAGAAAGGCAAAGUUGAUAAAUAUUUUCGGCUUUGGAUUUCAAGACUGAGCAUGGUCAAUGAAACUCAGCAAAUGGUCGAGGAAAGAGUAGACGUAGAUGAAAGCACGCCGGAUUUAUUGGGUGCUGGUCUCACCAACCAAGAAAAUAAGAAAAUUAUGUUACAAAAAUCCUUUAAAAUAUGGCGUACAAAUUUUAUUUAUUCGCUUCUUAAACAAUCAAAUGAGUUUGAAUUGAUGGAACGGUUCUUUGCAACACAACUUGCAUUAGCAAGGAAAUAUAGCAUGCUAGAUGCAAACAAUGAAGGAAACUUAACACAGGCGGCUUUUGAGCGAUGGAAAGAUAAAUAUAACAAUUAUGUGUCGUUGGGAGAAAUGGCCGAGGAUGACUAUAAUGUGAAUUUGGUUAAAGUCUCUUUCUUACAUUGGAAAAGAGUGCUGAGACGAAAGAAAAAUACAGAAAUUAGAGCAGAUUGGAAGUUCAGGGAAAAAUAUUUUGUCGAGUGGUAUAGCAGGACUUACCAAAAAUGGAAAGGGAGACAUCCUCGAAAGCUAGUUGCAAUAAAGAUUUUACAAGAAUGGCAUCGUUGGGCUAAAGAGCGUCAUAAAGAAAGAAUGGCGUUAGAAACGGCUACAAUUGCAAAAUCCGAUGCGAUAAUACAAAGAAAAUGUUUCAUGUAUUGGAUUCAACGAUAUCAGACAUUGGAAAUCAUGGAAAGUCAAGGAAUUGCACGUUGGGAGAGCAACACGUUAUCGAAAUCAUUCGCACAAUUAAAUUUAAUCUGGUCGAAAAUUCAAGUUAAUAAGCAACAAGCGAGUGUCUUUGCCGACUAUUGGAUACUCAAAAGAACAUUUCGACGAAUGCGAGAAUAUCAUGAGCACAUUCAAGGUCUCGAAUUACAGUGCAACGCACAAAUUAAAAAGACUCAAUGUGCACGAGCACGAUGCGUUUUGCGUGUAUGGCUUGUUUCUUUGUUACGAUAUCAAACUCGACAGGAAAAAGUUGAUAUUGCCUAUAAAAGAAACAUGAGGCAAAAAUAUUUUAAUCAGUGGCAGUGCAAAAUGCGUUCUAUACGACAUCGACAAGUUAUUAUAGUUGCACAAUCAGACAAGCGAAAUCAAGCCAAAUAUUUUCAGAAAUGGAAAAAAGCGUAUCGGAAACAAAUAGAAUUAAUUCAAAAAGCAGAUGCCGCAAACGAUCUCCGUACCAAGCGAAGCUUUUUCAGAUUUUGGAAACUUCGAUAUGCACACUCAAAGAAAAUGGGUAUUUUAGCUAUCGACAAAUACAAUACCCAUAUCUUUCACAUUGCAUUUAAUUUAUGGAAUAAAUGGAAAUCAAAAACAAUCUCCUACGAAAAAUUACUACAACUAGCUCAGGAAUACUACAAUCGCCGACUACUCACCCCGUCGUUCUCUAGAUGGUGUCAAAUCUGGCAAGUUUACGAACAUGAUCGAGCAACUGCCUUGUCUCAUUACGAGAGAAGGUUGUUUAUGGGAACCUGGGCGAAUAUGAGCGCACGAUAUCAUCGUAUUCUGGAUGACCGUUGGAAAAUGGAAGCAAAUGCUCGGUUAGUGCGAAACGUUGAUUUUCGACGGCAAAGGGACGCGUUUAUUGCUUGGCGCAUUUUUGUUAAAAGGCGAAAAGAUUUACGUCUGGAGUUUGAAAGCAUAGUUCAGAUGUUACCAGAAAGAUUGACUCGUGAAUAUGGAAUUAGUGCUGUAUAUCUUACUUUGCUUUUGAGAAUUUCUAUGAUGAAAUGGAAAGAAAAAAAGCAAAAAGCACAAAGAUCUAUAUUAUUAUAA